ACCUUACUGUGCUAAUUUGAUAACAAUACAAUUGUUUGAUAACAUAAAAUUAAUUGAAACAAUCUCACAACGAGAUGUAUAAUUAUUAGUAACGUGCCAUUAACUGCAUUUCAAUUUAUACCCAUCGAAUUAUGCAUUUUAUGACAAGUUAAUAAGUUUAUUUGCAUUUGGACCAAAGAGUUGGUAAUUGAGUGCAAUGUCUCAUCCUCACAUACGAGAAGCAGCUGAAUCUCUCUUAAACAGCGUCACGUCCCCGCCUUAUAGAAUGAUGAAUCAUUCACAGUCCGUGAAUCUGAUGACCGAGGACCUAGUGGCGGGACACAGGCCCGCCGGGAAGAUGUCCUCGGUCAGAAGGUUCUUCUGUCUCUUCGUGACCUUCGAUUUAAUGUUCACAAGCCUCAUGUGGCUGAUUUGUGUUAUGGUUCGUAACGAGACGUUAGACCAAAUAUUGCAAAGAGAAAUUAUUAGUUAUAAUAUAAAACUAUCGUUAUUCGACAUAGUGGUGUUAGCUGUGAUAAGAUUUACAAUAUUAUUGUUGUUCUACGCUUUAUUAUAUAUCAACAAUUGGAGUGUGAUAGCUCUCUCGACAAGCGGCACUUGCGCCUUUUUAAUAGCGAAAGUGUUCGUAUUCGUUUGGUCCGAUGCGUCACAGCCCGUGUAUCAAGUGUUCCUUAUACUGACUUCGUUUACCUUGUCAUGGGGAGAGGCCUGGUUCUUGGACUUCAGGGUCUUACCGCAGGAGCUACACUGCAAGGAGAUACUAGAUUCCUUAGCUCAGCACAGCGUCUCCGAGCGCACGCCGCUACUGGACCCUCAGCCCGGUGUGAAUUCGACGUACGCAGAGUCCACGGUUAAAUGGUUCUCCCCGGUCGACACGCCGGAGUCGAGUCCACGGCCGCGCAGGUUCGGGGAGCAAGUCAUAUUGACGCAGGAGCAGAUCGAUGAGUACAAGAGUCAGGCUAACGAGAGCAUGGCGAACGCUUGGCGCAUCAUCACGCUGCCAAACUGGACGGUGGAGAAGCGAGGGUCCGUCAGGGGAGACGUCGUGGAGUCCAGGAAAGUUGAAGGCUACGGCAAGGUCUAUAGAUUUACGGGCGUCGUCAACUGUCCCGCCAGGUUUCUAUACGAGGAGUUCAAGAACAACCUGACGAAGUUGCCCGAAUGGAAUCCGACGAUAUUGAAAUGCGAAAUAAUUAAGGAAAUCGGCGAUGGCGUGGACCUGUCGUACCAGGUGACGGCUGGCGGGGGACGAGGCAUAAUAACCCCUCGCGACUUCGUGAUCCUGCGCCGGAUCGCGCUACUCUCCCGGGAGGGACGCGUCGUCGACGACAAUCCCCACGGAUACAUCAGUAGCGGAGUCAGCGUUCAAGUUCCCGGGUACCCGCCCCUCAAGGAGAUGGUUAGGGGACACAAUAAAGUUGGUUGCUGGUACCUACAGCCUCGGACUGUACAAACUGCUGGAGGAAAAAUCGAGGACCAGACCCUGUUCCAAUGGUUGAUGUGUUGUGAUCUCAAAGGUAAAAUACCUCAAUUCGUGUUGGACGUCGCUUUCGCCACUGUGAUGCUGGACUACAUCGUGCACGUCAGGAAGUUCGUGGCCGAAGCGAAGGCCAGAGCCGAAUUCUGACCUUGAAACGUCCAAAAGCUGCAUCUGUUUACAUGCAUAUUUUGCACUGGUGGUAGGACCUCUUGUGAGUCCGCGCGGGUAGGUACCACCACCCUGCCUAUUUCUGCACCGUGAAGCAGUAAUGCGCGUCGGUUCGAAGGGCGGGGCAGCCGUUGUAACUAAACUUGAGACCUUAGAACUUAUGUCUCAAGGUGGGUGGCAUUUACUUUGUGGAUGUCUAUGGGCUCAAGUAACCACUUAACACCAGGUGGGCUGUGAGCUCGUCCACCCAUUUAAGCUAUAAAAAAAAACUACCCUCAAAAUUCGACUGACAAGUGAGGGGAAGGUUUGCGGGAGAGUCCCGGUGACUCAGGACACUCUGUCCUCAGGACUGAUAGUAUUCGUGACCCGUCGUAAGAAUACUCAUUUGGCUCAUGAUAAAAAAAAUCUGAUAAAUAACUCAUGGAUACCUUGAAAAUGCUUCGCGUGUCUGUAAGUGCUCUAAUAUACCAGAAUGGGUAGCAUUGAUGUAUGUCGAGAUCGCGGCGUUGACGUUGUGGUCAGUGGACCACUAGGACAUCCGGCUACAAUUAGUUUGAUAAAGUAAUGGCAUUGAAACUCCCGAAAAUCGCGAGCUUACGGAAUAUCAAACGUUGUAAGUGAACCCGCAAUGGAAGACGAAGGUAGCUGAUAUUUUGUUACAUUGCGCGCCCCUAUGACGGCUUCACUAAGAACCAAUGUUCGCUCAUCGGCCGAAUUACAUUGAUUUAAAGAUUUUGUAGCUUUAGAUACAUCACAAAUACCUUACAGAUUUGGCUUUUAAUGCGCUUUUAUUAGCUUCAGACGUAUGUAUGUUUGUAACGGAAUCUUUGAACAUGAUUUUGACCCCCUUCAAAACGUCGGAUUAACUCGAAAUUUGGUAUACUUAUUAAGGACCGAUGACGAUUCAAUAUUUAAAAGAAAAAUAAUUGAAAAAUUUGAAAUUCAACUAAACUAAAAAAAAAAGCGCUUUUAUAGAAAAUCAAAUAUAUCAGGAUAUUAUCAAAAUAACCCUUCUACUCAUAUCUGUUCAUAAAAUAUUUAUAACUACUGUUAACAUGCACCCCACGCUUUUUUUAUAAUAAAAUCAUUUUUUCUUACACUAUUUUUAAUUCAAAUUAAAAUUUAUUUUCUAUUUUUUAGUUGGAUUUUCUAUAAAAGCGUAUUUUUUAAAAAAAAUUUUAAACUAUUAUUUAUUAAAUGAGAAUUUCUGCAUACAGGGUGUGUAAAAGUACAAUCAUCGUUCUGAUUCAAUAGCACACUCUUAGAUGUAUAUUCGUCUCUUUCUUACACUAAACCGCCUUAUGAACCACGUCAUCAGCGCGACAGAGAAGUCUUAUGUUUCUGUCGGCCACAAGGGACAUACGAGGCCUAUAAGACCCCGUACAGUGUGGUUUUGUAAAAUUUUGCAAUUUAAAUUAUAUGCGCGCAAAUUGUCAAGUUAAUCAGACGUUUUGGAGUCUGUGGAAAUGACGUUAGAAGAUUCCGUCACAUAGAUAUAUAGAUAGCUAAUAAGGAUGUGUCUUUGUUUACUGAGGGUAGUUUCAACGCAGCCCUGCUCUGCCAAGGACCUCUUGUGAGUCCGCGCGGGUGGGUACCACCACCCUGCCUAUUUUUGCCGUGAAGCAGUAACGCGUUUUGAAGGGCGGGGCAGCCGUUGUAACUAUGAGACCUUAGAACUUAUAUCUCAAGGUGGGUGGCGCAUUUACGUUGUAGAUGUCUAUGGGCUUCAGUAACCACUUAAUACCAGGUGGGCUGUGAGCUCGUCCACCCAUAAGCGAAGGCUUGAGCCUACCAGACCGUGCGAAGCUAAAAUAGCCCUUCAAGCUACCAGCAAUUAGGUAGAGAAUUAAAAAAACUGUUGGCUCCAAUAUUUGGAGUCUCCCCCCAAUCCACCUCACCCACAAAACUCUCCAACCACGACUCGUACAGCAGCGUAAAUAUAUAACUCAUAUAAUUAACGUAAGCUUUAUAAUUAUUUUUAAUAAAGAAAUUGAAUUUUUUCA